GCCAACACAAACAGUCAGGAUCAGCGGCCGCGGCCGGCGGGACGAGGCUGACGGCGGGGAGAAUCUUCUUUCACAUCCCCAUCCCCCAUGACACACAGACGUAUAUAUAUAUAUACGCAUUCAGUAGGCAACGUCUUCUCUGACUCGGAGCCCGAGACACCUCUUUCUGUUUCAGUUUCUUAAACUGAUUGGUUUCCGCUCUGAUACCCUCUUAAAGCUUCAGUCCCCUUCGGGACGUAGAGGACGUGUGGAAGACUUGUUUUCCACUGAGGAGCAACUGUAUAUUUCCACACCAGCUUUGUUUUGACCUAGUUCCAUUUGGGGUGGCGGAUAUGGAUUACUUUCAUCUAGAUUCUCUUGCAAAGCAGUAUUGAGCCAGACUGGAUUGGAUCUUCUAUGUGGAAACAUCAGACAAGUACCUACCAAUGUGUUCUCAAAAUUAAUUGAAUUGUUAAAAGACAAUCAUCAUGGGAGGAGCUGUGAGUGCAGGCGAAGAUAAUGAUGAUUUAAUUGAUAACUUGAAAGAAGCACAAUAUAUUCGUACUGAGCGAGUAGAACAAGCCUUCAGAGCUAUUGAUCGUGGUGAUUACUAUCUGGAAGGCUAUAGAGACAAUGCAUAUAAAGACUUGGCUUGGAAGCAUGGAAAUAUACAUUUAUCGGCACCAUGCAUUUAUUCUGAAGUCAUGGAAGCAUUAAAGCUUCAACCUGGAUUGUCUUUUCUUAAUCUGGGUAGUGGAACCGGAUAUUUAAGUACAAUGGUGGGAUUAAUAUUAGGCCCUUUUGGAAUAAAUCAUGGAAUAGAACUACAUCCUGAUGUGGUGGAAUAUGCUAAGGAAAAACUAGAGAACUUCAUAAAAUGCAGUGAUAGCUUUGAUAAAUUUGAAUUUUGUGAGCCUGCAUUUGUAGUUGGAAAUUGUUUGCAGAUUGCCUCAGACAGUCAUCAAUAUGACCGGAUUUAUUGUGGAGCAGGUGUGCAAAAAGACCAUGAAAACUACAUGAAAAUUUUAUUGAAAAUUGGAGGCAUUCUGGUUAUGCCUAUAGAAGAUCAGCUAACCCAGAUCCUGAGAACUGGACAGAAUACUUGGGAAAGCAAAAACAUCCUUGCUGUAUCAUUUGCUCCACUUGUACAGCCAAGCAAAAGUGACACCAGCAAAAAUGAUAGUGUGGGGCUGCCUCCAUGUGCUGUUAGGAAUCUACAGGAUUUGGCUCGGAUCUACAUUAGACGCACCCUUAGAAACUAUGUGAAUGAUGAAAUGCAAACCAAAGGUAUUACACAGAAACCUCCACCAAAACGUAAACGCAGAAGGUGUCGUAGACGUAGGAUUAAUACCUAUGUGUUUGUUGGCAAUCAACUCAUUCCUCAACCUCUAGACAGUGAAGAAGAUGAAAAGAUGGAGGAAGACCAUAAAGAAGAUGAUGAAAAAGAUCAAAAUGAAGUCUUGAAAACAGAGGAACCUCCACGAAAUUUAUUGCGGGAAAAGAUUAUAAAUCUACCACUCCCUGAAUCUCUAAAAGCCUACUUGACAUACUACAGAGAAAAAUAACUUUUGCUUUUAAGUAAAAAUAAUAAUGCCUACUUGAUAUUUUCUUAAUCCUUGAAAUGUAGCAUUUACUUAAGUACAGUAAUCUUUCAACAAGGCUUUAGGGCUGUGAUGAACCGAAACAUAACUUGUCUUAACUUUGCUACAAGGACUUGGAUUCAGCAGUAGUUUCCUAUUUGAAAUCCUAUUUUGUUACCUUUUCUUUUCCCCCAAGGAAAUAUUGUUUUAACUUGACUAGAAAAGGGGUUCUACAUCAGUAUAUAUCAUUAAUUAAGAGUUUGCAUGAUAAAUCUUUUUGUUCCCUUACAAAUUUGUAUUGAUGAGAAUUAAUAACAUUUUUAUAUAAGUGAAUAAAAGUGUAUUCAGAUAACAAUAAGGAUGGUCUGCAUUCUCUUAAGCAAGUUUUUAAACAAGCAGACAUUUUUCAUGUCACUGAAUUGGACAUUGUAUUUUACCAUGGUUAUAUUGCAAAUCAUUGUUACUGUGUUGAAGUAAGUGUGUUCAAAGGAAGUGCAAUAGCAGUGGACAUUGAAUGAGCUGGCUUUAGUGUAAUAUAUGCAUUCAAAUUUAGAAAUGACAGAUAAUUUUCUUUUAUAUCUCUUGCCAAAAAAUGUCAAGAAAAAUGAUUGCUUCCCCCCCCCUCUC